UCCCACAACGCUGGGGGAGAGCAGGGGCUCGGGGACGGGGCUGUGAGACUUAGCAGGGUUGGCGGUGCACUGGAGGGGCGCGCGCUGACCAGCCCUCCCCCCGCAGACGGCAUCCACUCGGGCAGGUACCGCUCCCUCUUCCACCCCGAGCAGCUCGUUAGCGGCAGGGAGGAUGCUGCCAACAACUACGCUCGAGGUCGCUACUCUGUGGGGCCGGAGGUCAUCGACCUGGUGCUGGAGAGGAUCCGAAAGCUGGCGGAACAGUGCAGCGGACUUCAGGGAUUUAUGAUUUUCCGAAGCUUUGGAGGAGGCACUGUGUCAGGGUUUACAUCCCUCUUAAUGGAGCAGCUCUCGGCAGAAUACAGCGGGAAGACUAAACUGGAGCUCUCUGUCUAUCCGGCCCCCAGAAUCUCCAGCGCGGUGGUGGAGCCUUACAACUCCGUCCUCACCACGCACUCCACCCUCGAGCACGCGGACUGCACCCUCCUGGUGGACAACGAGGCCAUCUAUGACAUAUGCCACCACAAACUGGAUGUCGAGCGCCCCUCCUACGCCAGCAUCAAUGGGCUGAUAAGUCAGGCAGUCUCUUCCAUCACCGCUUCCCUUCGGUUUGAGGGGGCCCUGAAUGUGGACCUCAUCGAAUUCCAGACCAACCUCGUACCUUACCCGAGAAUACAUUUCCCCCUGACAAGCCUGGCCCCCAUCAUCUCUGCCGACCACGCCCACCACGAGCAGCCGUCCGUGUCGGACCUCACCGCUGCUUGCUCCCAGUUCUCCAACCAGCUGGUCAAGUGUGACCCUCGCCUGGGGACGUACCUGGCCUGUUGCCUGCUCUACAGAGGGGAUGUGGUCCCCCGGGAUGUGAACGCAGCGAUUGAGGCCAUGAGGACAAGGAGAUCUGUUCGGUUUGUAGAUUGGUGUCCAACGGGUUUCAAGGUGGGCAUCAGCAGUCACCCGCCCAGGGCGGUGCCGGGAGGGGACCUGGCGGAGGUCCGGCGGGCCGUCUGCAUGCUGAGCAACAGCACGGCUGUGGUGGAGGCCUGGGCCCGCCUGUGCCACAGGUUCGACCUCAUGUACGCCAAGAGGGCGUUCCUACACUGGUAUAUCAGGGAAGGCAUGGAGGAAGGCGAGUUCACAGAGGCCAGGGAGGACCUGGCAGUCCUGGAGAGGGAUUACGAGGAAGUGGGGCAGAGCUCCUGACGCCAGGCUGACUGGUGAAAAUGAAUGUUAAGCUGAAGUGUCACGCUGUGCACUUAAUGGGUAGAGUUCCCUUGAUGAGAAGAAAAAGGAAAUCAAGUCAAGCAAGGCCCCGCGUUCCAGGCUCAAUCAAAGGGGCUGAAGGUAACAAGGAGCACGUGUUUCCUUGUCUCUGAGUGUCACUCAGCGCUGCCCCCGUGAACCUUCCCAGGUUUGGAGUCCUUUGAACUUGCGGGUCUCAUUUUUUUUUUUCCUGGUUGGAAUAGAAACCUGGCUUUGUCCUUUGCUUUUUCAACCAAGUGGCUGUGAAACCCUAAAGUGAAUGCCUUCCCUUUUGUUCCUGAGGUGGAAAACAGCACAUAAUGAUUACUGGUGUUAUUUCCGCCCUGUCUGUGUUUUGUACCUUGAUUAAAUAAUGGAUAUUCUCAGAA